UAUAUAGAGAUAUAGAGAUAGGGAGAGAGAUAGAUACAGUUGUAGAGAGAGAGAGAGAGUUUUGUAGAGAGAGAGAGAGAUAGAAAAACCAAAGCCCGAUCCCUUCCCCUCUCUUCGUACCCCGACUCUCUCUGCUUCCGCCACCAUGCGAAUCCGAAAACAAGCCAAGCUCGCCGCCCUCAGCCUCUCCUCCGCCGCCGGAGCCACCGCCGACCUUCCUCCUCCGCCUCCUAUCCGCCUCUGCCACCUCAAUCAGUCGCCGUGGGACGUCAUCUCUUUCUCUCCCAAUCCAUUCCAGGUCGAUGGAGAAGACUGUUUUAAACCAAAUGGGAGCUUCGGAGACUCCAUCGGAGCUGACGAAAGCGAUGCGUCGAUGAAGAUAUCGACAGACAGGGAUGAAGAUAAUGUGAAAAACGAUACCCUGAAGCGUAUCGAUUCUAUUGCUGAAAAUGUAGACAAAGAAGAUGAGGUUUUGUGCGGUAAGACUGACGGGAAGGGUUGGCAGUGCAAGGAGAAAGCAUCUCGAGGGCAUUCGCUUUGCGAGCACCAUUUAGCCCAGCUGAAGAAAUACAAUACCCUAGCUCACCCCUCCACCACCAAGAAAUUAGAGAAGCCGGUGGAACAACCCGCCUCGAUCCCCCGCCGCACCCGUCAAACCAAACCCACUACCUAUAAGAAUCUCGAUGAAUACUACUAUUAUGAAGGGUUUGGGCCGCAUUGGGCCAAGAAGCGAGGCGAGAGGGGUGAACCUAGCAAUACCAGUAAUGCUGAGUCUGAUGAAGUUGAGGAAAUUGUACUCACUCCACCCUCGUCUGCUCAAAUUGGUUGCAAAGAAUUCGAUUAUGUUGACAAUGAUGAUGAAGAUGAUGACGAUGAUAAUGCAGGAGAGAGUGGUAUGCUGGGACAAAAGAGAACCCGAAAGCCUAUCAAGGCUAGGUCGCUCAAGUCUCUAAUGUGAAGAAAUGGGUUGUGGGUUCGGUGUGCGAGCAAUGUUUUAAAGUUAGGACUUAUUUGUUUUAAAGUUAUGUUUAGGUUAAAACAUAAAAUGCUGUUUUGUUUUACUUUUGGUUGUGUUUUGUGGUGGGUGAAGAUAAUAUGUCUGUUGACAUUGAACAAAUAUUUAGGAUGUAAGAUUGCUUGUCAUAGUAGUUGUGUUUUAAUAAUGUAAGGAUAAUUUUGUAA